GACCGAUAAGUGAGCGAGCUCUGAAGUGUCCUGCAGGAGCUAUGUCGGUGUUACCUACCACCAUGGCCGCCACUCGUCCCUGAGCUCCCGCCGAUUCCCUGUUCCUCUCGCAACCAACCCCUCAUCCGCCCUCCCCUCCCUGUGCCUUAUCGCUUGUCUUAAAUCCUGUCGUUCCGGGCCUCUGGGUUUAUUUUCCUCUCAUCAAUCUCCUCUCUUUCUGCACUCUUUCCUUCUUGUGGUGGGUGUUUACAUCUUCCUGGCCUACCUGAAAUCCGACCUUCCCCACUUCCCCCACCAUGGUCCUCAUCGAUAAACAAGAGUACGUAUCUAAAGAGGAGGUACGCCUCAAGGAAGACCGUGAACACAUCCGAUACUGGAAGCGAUGGGGUCCAUAUGUUGCAGAGAGACAAUGGGCUACUGUUCGCGAGGAUUAUUCAGAAAAUGGAGAUGCUUGGAGUUACUUCUCUCAUGACCAUGCGCGCUCUAGGACCUUCCGCUGGGGUGAGGAUGGAAUUGCAGGUGUCUCAGACACCCAUAACUUACAGAACAUUGCCUUUGCUUUUUGGAAUGAGAAAGAUGAUUUUCUCAAAGAGCGCCUAUUCGGAUUAUCAAACCCACAGGGUAACCAUGGCGAAAGUAUCAAGGAAGCCCAUUUUCAUGUUGAUAAUACUCCGACGCAUUCCUACAUGAAAUACCUCUACAAGUAUCCCCAGAAAAAGUUUCCUUACAAGGAGCUUGUAGAAGAGAACGCCAAACGAGGAAAGCAAGACCGUGAGUAUCAGAUUCUCGAUACCGGAAUCUUCAACGACAACCGAUACUGGGAUAUCUUCAUCGAAACAGCGAAAGAAGAAGAUGACGAAGAAGAGCUUCUAUUCCGCAUCAUUGCCUAUAACCGGGGGCCGGAGCCAGCUCCUCUGCACAUCAUUCCUCAAGUCUGGUUCCGUAACACCUGGGCCUGGGGCUAUGAGGAUCAGAAAGAGAAGCCGUCAGUCGAAAAGGUUCAAGAUUUGGUCGCCAAAACCACCCACCAAAAGCUGGGUGAGCGGUACGUACGGUUCGCUCCCUCUCCGGCCGUUGGUGACAGCCAGGAGGAUGUUUUCCCCCAGAUGCUGUUCACUGAGAAUGAAACAAACAACGAGUUUCUUUGGAAAACCAAGAAUAACCAGCCUCACGUGAAAGAUGCCUUCCAUCGUCUCAUUGUCAAUGGGGAGAAGGAGUCGGUCAAUCCUGAGAACAAGGGCACCAAGUUUGCGGCCUGGUACGCCUUUAACGAAGGCGAGGGAAUCCCUCCUGGAGAGUGCGCUGUCGUGCGAUUCAGACUGUCACGAAAGAUGCACCAAUACUUCGAUGAAGAAGUCCUGGACAAUGUCAUUGAGCAACGCAUAGAAGACGCAAACGACUUCUACUACAAUAUCAGCCCACUUCCCAUGAGCCAUGAUCUACGCAAUAUUCAACGACAGGCCUUUUCUGGCAUGCUAUGGAAUAAGCAAUUUUAUCAUUUCGUAUGGGAUCAGUGGGCAAACGGUGACCCUGGUAUGAUUCCACCACCUCCCGGUAGGAGGCAUGUUCGUAACCAGCAGUGGAAACACCUGUAUAUGGAUGACAUUCUCUCCAUGCCAGAUUCGUGGGAAUACCCAUUCUUCUGCGCCUGGGAUACGGCUUUCCAUUGCAUCCCGCUGGCGAUGAUCGACCCUGAUUUCGCGAAGAGACAACUAGACAUCCUCACUCGAGAGUGGUACAUGCAUCCUAACGGGCAGCUUUCAGCCUACGAGUGGAACUUUGGUGAUGUGAACCCUCCAGUUCACGCAUGGGCGACAUUCAGGAUCUUCAAGAUUGAGCGGAAGAUGUAUGGCCGACAGGAUCUCGACUUCCUCGAAAGGGUCUUCCAAAAGCUGUUGCUCAAUUUUACCUGGUGGGUCAACCGUAAGGAUUCCGAGGGUAAAAACGUUUUUGAAGGUGGCUUCCUAGGUUUGGAUAAUAUUGGGCUGUUCAAUCGAUCUGAGCCUCUUCCAACUGGGGGAGUCUUGGAGCAGGCUGAUAGCACUGGCUGGAUGGCCUUCUAUUGCUUGUGCAUGCUGAACAUUGCACUCGAACUUGCUAAGCACCGACGAAUCUAUGAAGACAUUGCGUCAAAGUUCUUCGAACAUUUUAUCUUGAUCAGCGAUGCGAUGACAUUCAAGUCAGGGGGUCAGGAGACCUCUUUGUGGAAUGAAGACGACGGGUUCUACUAUGAUGCCAUCUCCUAUGGCGAUCCUUGGACGCAGCAACUUCCUGUCCGAUCCCUUGUCGGUCUUAUUCCACUGUAUGCGGUUCUCACGCUUGAGCCCGAACUGAUCAACAAAUUCCCCUCUUUCAAGAAGCGUUUGGAGUGGUUUGUGGAGAAUAGACAGGAUGUGGCAGAGCGUAAUAUCGCCAGUAUGAAGCACCGUGGUAAGGACGAGCGGCUUCUUCUGGCACUAGUGAGCAAGAGCCGUUUGGAGAAGAUUCUGAAGAGGAUGCUUGAUGAGACGGAAUUCCUAUCAGAGCACGGCAUCCGGUCCAUGUCGAAGUACCACGAAGAACAUCCAUACUCCAUGGAAGUCAAUGGCCAGAUGUUCCGGGUCGGCUACGUGGCAGGCGAGUCCGACAGUGCUCUCUUUGGUGGUAACAGUAACUGGCGCGGGCCGGUGUGGCUGUGUGUCAAUUUCCUGCUCGUCGAGUCCCUGCUACGGUUCUACAUGUUUUACGGCGAUUCGUUCAAGGUGGAGUGUCCCACGGGCUCUGGGGAGUAUAUGCACCUCGGCCAUGUUGCGGAGGAGAUCCAGCAUCGGCUACAGCACUUGUUUGCGCGCAACGACGAAGGACGUCGCGCAGUGUACAAUGGGUCCGAUCUGCUCGACUAUGACGAGCACUGGAAAGACUACAUGUGGUUCCAUGAAUACUUCGAUGGAGAUACUGGCCGAGGCCUCGGAGCGUCUCACCAGUGUGGAUGGACCGGGUUGAUCGCGAAGAUCAUCCACGAUACAGGAAUCAACUGUCGCGUCCCACAUACCCCCCGCACGCCGUUCGCCGCAGCAUCACACUACUUUGACGACAGCUUUUCACGGAAUGUACGGUCCCGCGGCGGUAGCCGUCGACCCAGCAUGCGCCGGUCUUCAACCAGCCGGUCAAUCGGCAACCGCAGUGACUUCGAGUCCACUUUUACCGGUCGUGAUACCCCAGCACCGGAGUCGGCCCUGGACGACAACGAGAGACUGGGCGAGUCAGGCCUGGGAGACGAACACAACGAUCACGUGUCCCAGUACGUAGGGCGCGAACUGGAGCGCGUCCGCAGUCAUGUCUCGAUGGGGGCAUACGAGGACGAGUUCGAGACGCAGGCUGAUCGGAUUCCGAAUGGACAUUGAUUGAUAUACUAGAUAGAGACUUUUGCUUUUUUGCUUGAUGGAUGAUACAAUAAGAGGAAUUGCUUAUUGUGAAUGAGUUGGAUAUUGGGCCCUGCUCUCACCUAGAUAGAUUAUAUGUUGCUGGUCCAUCAUACAACAUGCGACAGAUAAUGCAUUACUAGCUUGCUGAAAUUCCAAUUUCCAGUUAUGUGUACCAUUCAUAUUUCCUUGCUUGGAAGGGAAGAAAUAAUAAACAUACUUGUAGUAGUAGUG